UCGGAAAUAACAACAAAGGAGGUGAAAAAAGAGGGGAUUAAUUGACAGUUUUCUGCACUGACAUGACAACAAAGUUACACAGUGUUUUUAUUGAUAUACAACAUUCAAUAAUAAUGUAAAAAUUUUUGUAUUAUUAUUAUUAAGUAUCAAUUAAAUUGACAGAGUCUAGAGAUUAAUUAAAAUGGGACAAGGAACUGAAUGUACUGAUCGUCCAACUGAGGUCAGUGUCAUUAGAUUUGUAUCAAGAAAUCGUACAAUUGAAGAAAUUGCACCUAAAAAAGAAAUUUUUACAUGUAAACAACAGGGUUGUGGUAAAAUAUUUACAAAUCAUGAUGAAUUUAGAACACAUGAAGCACUAGAAGAAUUAAAAAUUCGUUUUAUCUGUAGAGAACCAGGAUGUGGACAAGAAAUGCCAGAUCCAGGUACAAUGUGGCGUCAUUAUCAAGAAUGUCACAGUAAUGAGACAAAUGCAUUUGUAUGUCCAUAUACAAGUUGUGGUUCACAUCAUAAUACAAGUGAUAAUUUAACAGAACACAUUGAAAAUUGUCAUCGACAACCACCAGCACUUCCAACUGAACCAGAAAUAAUAUGUUUUGAAGUACCAGCAAGUGUAACAAAUAUUGAUGAUGAUGAUGAUGAUGAUAAUACACCAAGAACAACUGUUGAAGAUGAUGAUGUUGAUGAUUGUGGCGGUGGUGGUGGUGAACAAGAUGAACAAGAUGAUCAUAAUGAUACUUGCCAACAAAAUGAUAAUGAUAAAAUAAAUAUAGAUAAUGAUACAAAUAGAUUUAUAAAAUCAUCAACACGAAAAAAUAUAAAUAUUAUUACAAAUAAAAAUUUAACAACGAAUCAUGAUGAUAUAUAUAAAGAUGAAAGACUGAUUAAAACAAAUAUUUGUGAUAAAAAUAUCACUACUAAUAAUAAAGAUAAUAAUAUAGAUGAUUAUUCAUCAAAUACUGAAUACAUAACAUCAUCACAUAAAAUUGAUAAUAAUCAUGAUACAACAUUUUAUCAUAACAAUGUAUAUGAUGAUAAUAUUGGAAAUAAAAAUAAUGAUGAUAAUGAUAAUUUAAUGAUUGAUAAUAAUGAUAAAACAAAACUUCAAGAUCAUAGAAUUGAUUUGGGUAAUCUUGAGAGUGUAUUUAGAAGUGGUUUAGAGGGUGAUGUUAAAAAAAUUGAAGUUAAUAAUGAUGCUAGUGGUAAUUGUAGUGAUGAUGAAGAAUAUACACCAAAAAAACAAAGAAUGUCACGUUUUAAAAAAGAAGAACAACCAUAUAAAUGUGAUAUUAAUGGUUGUGGUAAAAUGUACAAGUACAUAUCUCACUAUCGACAUCAUCAAGAUAGUCAUAAAAUACAAGAAACAAUUACAAAACAAUUACCAAAAUCACCAAAUAAUAAAACAAAAAGUAAAGCUUCUACUGUCAGUUUUUUUUUAUGCAAAAUACCAGGAUGUGGUGCACAGGUUAAUAAUGUAACAAGUCUUUGGAAACAUUAUCAGGAAAAUCAUGCAAAUGCCAAGGCAACAGUAACUCAAUCAACAAAAUUAAAUCAAACGUUUCGAUAAUGGAGAAAAAUUAUUAAUAUAAAAUCAUUAAAAAAAAGACAAGUUGUUUAGUAAAAAAAAAAAAGGUAAAUAACAGCUUGAUGCUGUACAAUAACAAGAUCAAGAAAAAUAUAUAAAUAUAUAUCUAAAAUGUCAGCAAGCACAAAUGGAAAGACUGGCAAUGGUAAUAGGAUACGUUUUAUAAACGAUAACUAUAAUCUAAUUUAAAAAAAAAAAAAUUAAAAAAAAUUUUAAGACUGAAUUUAAAGCCAACUAUAAUGUUAGCAUCGAGUGUCUAUAAUAAAAAAAUAACAAUGAUAUAUAAUCAAGUCAAGUUUAUUAAUUAUUCAUUAUUCAUUGACUUGAUUAAUUAAUUUUUAUCAAGUCAUUGUUGACUUUAAAUAAUAUUAAAUUAAUUCACAAACACUCGUUAAUGAUUUAUUAACAUUUUUAAACUAAUGAAAUUUUUAAAAAUUAUAUAAUUAAUUUACAAUAUUGUAAAUUUAAAAUUUAUGUGUUCAUUAAUAUUGUUGAAUGACUUAAAACAAAAAAAAAAUUAGGCAAUUGUUAAAAUAACUGCCAUUGUAUUAUUGGUGUGUAAUAUUGAGUUUGUUUGUUUUUCUUUGUUUUUUUUUUAUACUAUUUUAAAAUAAAUUAUUUUCUUCGAUUUACAUAUAUACUAAGUGAACUCGAUGAAAAUAAUGAAAAAAAAAAAUAUAUAGUUAUUGGCCUACUUGGGGUCAUUUUAACUUAGACUUCCAGUGAAUUAAUUAAUUCUUCAACGAGAAUCCAAAAAUAUAAUAGUCUAUUAGUAAUAUAAAAAAUAUCAAUGAAUUGUUUUUUUUUUUUCCUUUCUAAUCGAGGAUGUCAACGAAUCCAAUAUAAUAUAUAAUAAAUUUGUGUAAUAAUGUGUCAAUAAUAAUAGGCUAAUUAUAAAUUAAUUAUGUAAUUUUAAAUUACAUUAAUAAAUUGUCCGAAUAAUCACAACUUUGCUACUUUAAAAAAAAAAAAAAACAUAUUAGAUAAUAAAAUGCUUAAAAGACUAAUACGCAGUAGUAUAUAAUGCUACUUGUGAUUAAUUUAGAAAAUAUUAUUAAAGUAAGAUUAAUAAAUAAACAAAUAAAAAUAUUGUAUUUAAAUUUUUAAUUUUAGUGUGUUCAAAAAAAAAAAAAAAAACUAGCAGUAUACUAUUUAAUUGGCACAAGACUUUUUUUGAAUAUAAUAUAUUCAGUCUUA